ACGCGCUCAAAUAAAUCACAUUCGCAUCUCCGAACAAUGCCGCGAGAUCAGAGGGGUGCGCACCCCAGCUGCGUGCCCCGAUCGAUCUGUGGACCGCUCCAACUUCUCGCUGCAAAGCUUCACUGUCUGUCAACUCCGUUCCAACUUCAAACGUCCGUCAAAAACAAAUUAAAAAAAUAAACGUUAUGUAUUAAUUGAAACUGGCCAGUAACGUAGAUAUAUUUUGUGUUUAGUGUUAUGUGUUAGUAUUUUUUUAUAAUGGAGGGGCGGAGGACUUGGGAUGAAGUGCCGCUGGGCGAGUCGCACUCUCCUCCACAGUCGGUGCCGGGGCGACGGACGCCGUUGGGUGCUGUUGGCCUCGGUGGCUUCUAUAUGCAAGGAGGCCAGCCUCCGCCUCAGCAGCAUUGCUAUCCCACCGAUGAAAACCAACCGGAACCAGGAACGAGCUACGCUCAAAGGCCACUUGGAGAAGGUAAAUCGAAACAGAAGAUAAGACAAGGAAAAAAUGUGAGACUGAAUAUCAACGCAAGGGAACGGAGGAGGAUGCACGAUUUAAAUGAUGCGCUCGAUGAAUUGCGUAGCGUCAUCCCCUAUGCACACUCGCCAUCCGUUCGAAAGCUUUCCAAAAUAGCAACACUGCUUCUUGCCAAAAACUACAUCCUAAUGCAGGCCAGCGCGCUUGAAGAGUUGCGCAGGUUGGUAGCUUAUCUCCAAGGGACGGCAACAGCCGCUGGCUUCGUUCCACCGCCAGGAUUCGACUUGACCACUCUCCCUGCAGCUGCGAAACUUUUACAGCCUCCCAAUACUGGGCCUCCCGCUCCUCCAGAUCCACCCUCUUGAGACCUAAUCGUUAAAUAUGAACCAUAGAAUAAUUCCUUCUAGAUAUUAUAAUUCUAAAACUAUUAAAUUAAACAUUACGAAGUCCGUAUUACAAGAGUCACAUAAAUAUUGGAGAGUAAAAUAGUGCAUAAAAGUGUUUUUAUUAUAUAUUUUUUAAUGAAAAUAUUUUAUUAAGCAUUUUAAAAAUAGCA